GAAUGGGUGGCUGUUUUUUCGGAUGAUGAGGAGCAAGAGGACGAUGAAGCACUUGCAGACUGGGCAAAAUUGGAGACUAUGCAAUCUUCUCAUCCGGUGUUCUUUGCCAAAAAGUUGGCCGAGAUUGCUUCAGAUGAUCCUGUUGAUUGGAUGGAGCAGCCUCCGGCUUGUGUGGCUAUUCAAGGGGUUAUAAGAGCUGCUUUUGUUGAAGAACAUUCUAUAAUACAGAAACACCUUUCUGCCAGUCAAUCCAGUGACACUGACACAAAUAAAUCCAUAGAUAGUAAAGGGGAAAAUAUUGGUGUGAUUAAUGGUCAUGUGCUCAAUUCAGGAUCUUCUGGAGAUGAUGUGGCACAGCAGGUGGAAAACAAUGGGAAUAGUAUUAUCCCCGUUAGUGAGACUCCUUUUUACAAAUUGGAGAUGAUUAAAAUUCAAGUGUUUUCUGCACAAGGGCAACCUACUGUCCUUGAAGUAGAAGACUACAUGAAAGCCCAACCUGAUGCUAUUGCACACUCUGCUUCGAAAAUCAUAUCUCGUUUGAAAGCUGAUGGAGAAAAGACCUUGCAAGCCCUCAAGUCCCUGUGUUGGAGAUGCAAGGGUAUUCAAGUGGAGGAGGCACAACUUAUUUGUGUAGACUCCCUUGGGUUUGACCUAAGAGUUUGUUCUGGGACUCAGAUUCAAACACUGAGAUUUUCAUUCAAGAAAAGGGCCACAUCAGAGUAUAGUGCUGAGAGACAGCUCAACGAUAUACUAUUUCCCAGAAUUCACCCAAAACAGCAAAAAAUGAAGCAAACGCACCAAAAUGAAUGCUAA